GGAAAAUGGGUACGUUCCUGUAAGCACGGUGCUUUCCAGUUACUAUGGCUGUGCUGGGCAGUGCUUUUAGCCGCUGGCUUGCCUUCCUGCUGCCUCUUUGUCUCCAGGAUCGAUUGUGGGUUGGUGGGCUGGGUGGGAGACCCCGCUCCAGUGUCAGUUCCCGUUACAAAAACGCAGUGUGCCGACAUGAUCAGGAAGUAAAUAGCCCUGCUGAGGACAUUUGCGUAGUGAGCAGCUCCUCCUCCAGCUGUCAUUCAGCAGCAGCACCCUGUUUGCGUGCAGAAGCGACACCGCCCCCGGCCACCCCGGGAUCCGCAUUCGCGAGGCUCUGGAAGGUCUGGCAGGCGUUCGAUUGCCACUUCGGGGCACCUUAUUUGCUCCAGACCUUGCAGAAGAGCCUGGCUUUGCUCGGUCCUUGUCCUCUAACCCAUAUGGCAGCGUUAGAAGGAAGCCCGGCUUUGCCAGCCGCUGCCAGUUGUGGAGAUUGGGUGGAUUUAGGGGACCAGCCGGUUAGUGUGUCGGUUGUUCUCGCUGGAUCGGGGGCGGACGUGAAUGGUGAUCAAGAAGAGACUGGAGGUUCAUUGGGAAGGGGCACACAGGUGCAGAUUAGAGUGGAUAUUCAGGCAGCCGAGGACGAAGAGACUGCACCGAGUAGCGAUAAUCUGAUGCUGGAGAAAGGAGGAAGCUGUAGUGAAGAUGAUGGCAGCAGGCAUGACAGACACAGUGGUGCUGGCACUAGCGGAGGAGAAAAUGAAGAUGAGUUAUACCAGACUUGGAUGCCACCUGAUCCAGAGCUUGUGGAGAAGCUGAUAGCCCAGAUUGAAUACUACCUGUCUGAUGAAAACUUGGAGAAAGAUGCUUUCCUUUUGAAGCAUGUCAGGAGAAACAAGAUGGGUUAUGUUAGUGUUAAACUCUUGACCUCUUUUAAGAAGGUGAAGCAUCUUACCAGAGACUGGAGAACCACAGCUUAUGCUUUGCGACAGUCCACUACUCUGGAGUUGAAUGAUGAGGGCAGAAAAGUUAGAAGGAAGACUCCAGUUCCAGUCUUUGCUAGUGAGAAUCUCCCUAGCAAGAUGUUGCUUGUAUAUGAUGUUUACUCUUGCCCAGCUCUACAGGCUGUAAACAAGGAUAUCGAAAAUGCAAACGCGCAAGAGAAGGUCAUGGAGCAUCUUUUAAGGGUUUUUGGAGUGUAUGGAGUCAUCUCCUCAGUUAGAAUACUAAAACCUGGCAAAGAUCUUCCUGCGGAUAUUAAGAGGCUUAGCAAUCGAUACUCGCAGCUUGGGACACUGGACUGUGCAAUAAUAGAAUUCGAGGAGGUGGAGUCUGCAAUAAAAGCUCAUGAAUCCAUGGGAACUGAAAAGGACAAUGAAAUGGACAUGAAGGUGAUUUUGAUCGGUAUGAAGCCUCCAAAGAAGAAGGCAUCAAAAGACAAAAAUCGGGAGGAGGAUGGAAACAAGAAUGCUCGCAAAAGCAAGUCUAUGAACAAGAGAGUUGAAGAACUGCAAUUUGGAGUUGAUGAAUCUCCAGUGUAUAGUUCUUCAGAGCCAGAUAGCAACCCAGCGUCACCAUCGCUUGACAGAAAAGUGAAAAAUAAUAAACUGAGUCCUGCUUCCUAUCAGAAUAAUCACCUUAGCCCCAAUGCUUCACCAAGAUCAAGUCCAUGGAACAGCCCAUCAGUGCAGCGUAAAAAUGCAAUGCAAAGAAGAUCUCCAUUGGCUGCAGACAGCAAGCUGACUCCUGGCAGUAACCCUGAUGCUUCCUGGAAGUGUCUGGACUACUCUUCAGAUAGCAGCAUCACUCCUUCUGGUAGCCCUUGGGUGCAAAGGAGGAAACAAGCCCAAACAGUGUCUCAAGAAAAUAGUCCAGCUGGUAGCCCAAUGCUUGGAAGAAAAAUACAGAAUGCUGAUGGGUUGCCCCCUGGGGUGCUGAGGUUACCCAAAGGUCCUGAUGGCACAAAAGGUUUCCAUAAUGGAAUUAACAGAGGCAGAUCUCUACAGAAUCUUUAAGUCUGUGUCCUUAAAACAUUAACUCUCUGCUUUUUAUGCCUGGCAAAAGACAAUGUUCAUUUGAAUCACUUAAAUAUAAAUUCAUGUAAAGCUCUUGAUAUGUAUAUUUGUAAAAGUAGCUGGAGCAGCAUUAUUUUUAUAUGUUUUAGUUGUGUACUUCAAAGACCUAUAUAAAAAGGUAUGGGCAUUUCCUUUUUUUCUGCCAGGCAUUUGAAGCUGGACAUUUUUUUUUAUUUUGUUUUCAUACAGUUUUCUGUAAGUGUAUUAUAUACUGAAUCUUAUUUUGUUAGCUCUGGCCUUGGAAUUAUGAAAAUGAUGCUGUUAUUUGGUGGUAGACUUGACAUGCGGUUAGGAGGAAAUAGAAUUCUGAAAACUGGACUUUUUGCGUUGCUUUACAUACCUGAAAAUCUUUAUACAUGAAAGGGACCAAACAAAGCAUGUCUUAAAGUAUUUGCAGUGGUAGAAAUAAAAAAAAAAAAAAAAAAAAUGCGACUCUCAUUUUGCUACAACAGUAAUGACUGUGGUAUUGGCUUUUCAGAAAAAUAUCCAAGAAAAUUAGUGUUGCAGAGUGAGGUUUGAAACUGAGGUUGCAAGCUUUAGUAUACCAAACUCUGUAGAGGGUUUUUGAUACUCUGCCAACUAGUCCAGAGCUUGACUGUGCUUGUUACAACACCUGGCAAGUAGUGUAAGAUUUAGUUUUCUGUACUUCAUGGCGCUCCUUGGUCUAGGUGCUUCCUUUGAAAGAGGUCUCGAUUACUGUGAUUACACUUCUCUUGGUGUACAGGAAAUUUGACCAAGUCAACAUAAGUGUGACUUGUGCAAUCUUUUAAAAAUAGAUGUACUUAAACAGGCAUAGUUUAUUACGGCAGCUGUUUGCCUUAGUUUAACAGCACGUGUACUGGAGGUGGGGAGUUAAGUUUGCUGAUCAGCAGUGCUGAGAUCGUGUUAUAGGUGGGUCUCCAUACCCAACAAAAUGUGAAGCUGUUGCACAUCUUACUUUACUGCAGCAGGGCAGUAUUCUUCAAGUUGACAACUGGAACAAAAAUUAAAAAUGUAAUUUGUGACCUUUGAAA